AUGGAGCCUGGGAAACUCUUGGAUCCCCCGUCAGACACAAUCAGCACUCCGGAAAACCACAAAAAAACCCAUGAAUGCUCAGAGUGUGGGAAAUCCUUUGCUCAACGGUCCCUUUUUUUGACCCACAGGAAGGUCCAUGUGGGAAGCGGAUCCAGUCAAGGUUUGGAGGGGGGGAAAUCCUUCUCUGGAAAAGACGCCAAAGAUCUCAGAAGCCUCCCCGAAUUAAAACCGCAUAAAUGUCUGGAAUGUGACUUACGCUUUGGUCGAAAAUCACACCUUCUUAGACAUCAGAAAAUCCACACUGGAGAGAAACCUUAUCAGUGUCUGGAAUGUGGGAAAUUUUUCUGUCGGAAAACCACUCUCAGAGACCACGAGAGAAUUCACACCGGGGAGAAACCUUACAAGUGUUGGGAAUGCGGGAAAAGCUUUUCUCGGGACGCAAAUCUUUGGCGCCAUGAGAAGAUUCAUGCAGGAAUAAAAUCUUACAAAUGUUUUGAGUGUGGAAAAUGUUUUGCCCACAACUCGGCUCUUUGGAGUCAUGAGAAAACACACAGGGGGCAGAAAAACGAAAAAUGCCUCGAAUGUGGGAAAUGUUUUACCUGGAAAUCAAACCUGGUACAACAUCAGAGACUUCACACUGGAGAGAGACCCUAUGAAUGCCCAGAAUGUGAGAAACAAUUUAUGUAUUCUUCUGGACUUCGGAGACACCAGAAGAGGCACAAAGGAGAGAAACCCUACCAAUGUGGGGAGUGUGGGAAAGGUUUUAUUUCGCCAGGAGAAUGUCAGGAUCAUGAGAGAAUCCACACGGGGGAGAAACCAUUCAAAUGUGGAGAGUGUGGGAAAUGCUUUUCCCAAAAACAAAGCCUUGGAAGCCAUCACAGGGUCCAUACAGGAGUGAAGCCGUACAGAUGCACAGAAUGUGGAAAAUGUUUUGUUCAAAAGGGAGCCCUUUGGAUACAUCAUAAAACCCACACAAGGGAGAAGCCAUAUAAAUGCAUAGAAUGUGGAAAAUUUUAUCGUACCGUAUCAACCCUUACAAAUCACAUGAAAAUUCACACCGGGGAAAAAAACCACAAAUGUUUAGACUGUGGGAAAGCAUUUGCUCGGUUAUCUCUCCUCAGAAAUCACAGCCGAAUUCAUACAGGAGAGAAGCCCCACAAAUGCUCCGAGUGUGAUAAAUGUUUUUCUCAAAAAAAUACUCUUUUGAAGCAUCAGCGAAGCCACACUGGAGAAAAAACAUAUAAAUGUCUGGAGUGUGGGAAAUGUUUUGCCCAGUCUUCAGCUCUUCACAGGCACACCAGAAAUCACACAGGGGAGUGGCCUUAAAAGUGUGCAGAGUGUGAAAAUCCUUUUCAUUGUAAAUCAAAGCUAAAAAUACAUCAGGAAGUCCAUAGCAGAGAUAAAACCCUUGAGUCAUAAAGAAUGAGGGAAACAUCUUUUUCAAAAGCCACA